CACCUUGACGGCUUGACAGGAGCAAUUUGCGCAUCAUAUGAUUUCUACAACGUCUAGUUUGUUAUGACACUGUUCAUCGUUUUUUAUCGCGACGCAUUUUGGUUUUCCGCCGUCAAAGAGCGGAAACACGAUGGUAGAGGAGGUCGUUAAUUCCACCGUCAGGACGAAAAGUAAGACAACCCGGCCACGUCCGAUAUACCUGUGGAACGUGCUAGACGUGCAGAAGUGGCUUAGACGACACUGCAGUGACUACUAUCAGCUGUACUACGAGAAUUUUCUGCACCAUGACAUUACGGGAAAGACAUUGUUAAGAAUAAAUGAGAAUAGCUUGAGACGGAUCGGUAUCGAUAAUGAACAGCACAGGAUGGACAUAUGGAGGGAGAUUAUGAAACUGCAUCUGAAAACAGACAUGCUAGAGAUUAAGGACAUUGAGCGACGUAGUAAUACGAAGCUUGACUGAUUGUGAGCCAUAAACCUAUUAUUACGCAGCUACAUCUUUUUUAAUAUAUAUUGUUGCCUAUGGUACAUAUAUUGUAUAUAUACAUAUGUAUAUAAUAUUUAAUAUAUUUAUUAAAUAAUAUUUAUCUUAGAAACAUGUAAUUUUCAUUGUGUAACUUAUAAGAAUAAAACAGAUUGAAUCUGA